GGGGCCACUGCGCACGCAGCCUCAGCCCCUUCCCCGCCCUUUCUCUUCCCGGUUUGUGUCAACCUGUGGGAUCAGCUGCUGGCUGCUUCCGGUAGGAGCGCGGAGUAGGGCGAGCCAGGCUCAGCUCCCCAUCAUGUCCUACGGACCCUUAGACAUGUACCGGAACCCGGGGCCUUCGGGGCCCCAGCUCCGGGACUUCAACAGCAUCAUCCAGACUUGCAGCGGCAACAUUCAGCGGAUCAGCCAAGCCACUGCUCAGAUAAAGAAUUUGAUGAGCCAACUAGGAACAAAGCAGGAUUCAAGCAAGCUACAAGAGAAUCUGCAACAGUUACAGCACUCCACAAAUCAGCUCGCCAAGGAAACAAAUGAAUUGCUGAAGGAAUUAGGGUCCCUGCCCCUUCCCUUAUCCACUUCAGAGCAGCGCCAGCAGAAACUUCAGAAGGAACGCCUCAUGAAUGACUUCUCUGCAGCCUUAAACAAUUUCCAGGCUGUGCAGAGAAGGGUGUCUGAGAAGGAAAAGGAGAGCAUUGCCAGAGCCAGAGCUGGAUCUCGUCUUUCUGUGGAAGAGAGGCAAAGAGAGGAGCAGCUCGUCUCAUUUGACAGCCAUGAGGAGUGGAACCAGAUGCAGAGCCAGGAGGAUGAGGCAGCCAUCACUGAGCAGGACCUGGAGCUUAUUAAGGAGAGGGAAACGACAAUUCGGCAGUUGGAGGCUGAUAUUUUGGAUGUCAAUCAGAUAUUUAAAGAUUUGGCUAUGAUGAUCCAUGACCAGGGUGAUCUGAUUGACAGCAUAGAAGCCAAUGUGGAAAGCUCAGAAGUGCAUGUCGAAAGAGCCACUGAUCAGUUACAGCGAGCUGCUUACUACCAGAAAAAAUCUCGCAAGAAGAUGUGUAUCCUGGUGCUUGUCCUGACAGUGAUGUUUACAAUCUUGGGAUUUAUUAUCUGGCUAGUUUCUAAAUGAAGUAUGAGUGCCUCAGAGCCUUCUCCUGCUGAGUUGUUUUCAAGAGCAAGUGCUGGUUGGACUCUUGCCAGAACAAACUGAUCACAAGAAGAGAGCGUACACCAGAACAUCCUGUAAUAAUUUAGUUAGAAACUAACUGCUAACUAGUCCUUGAAAUUAGUGACCUCUGGAGACAGUAUUUAUCAGUUUAUGUAUACAUUUUAUGGAUUUCUCAAAUUAGGAAUGAAUUUACAUGGACUUUGCUUUCUCUUGAAUUUUGAUUGACCUUUGUCCCAAGCAUUUCCUGAAAAUUCCAUUAUAGAUAUUCUUUUUUUUUUUUUUU